AUGGCCACUAAAAUUAUAUUUCGUGUUUCUUUGAUUGUUAUAGGGAUCCAUGCUGCACCACCAGCUGAUGAAAACCUACCCCCACGCCCCAAAGAAGGAGGUGUCACCACACGAUUCUGUGAAUUCUACAAUAACACAUUACCAGAGCCUUGUGACAGAACAAAGAAUGAUACAUGUAUCCCAAAGAUAGUCAAGGAAGAAUGCCAACCCUUAGAGGCAGAUAAAAGCAAUCAUUGCUUUACACUAUGGCAAUUCGAUAAUACAACAAACACGGCCACAGUGAAAGUUAAAGGAUGUUUCCUAGAUACUGUUGCAUGCAAUGACAGAUCCUCCAACUGCCGUUUGCAUAACAUGAAAUUACCUUUGCUUCAUUGUUGCUGCGAAGGUGAUAUGUGUAAUGAGAAUGCCACCUACCCAGGUUUAGAGGCUAGUAUGACAUCACAAACUGAUAUUCCUUAUGAACGUGUGCCAGCUUCGCCUGUACCAACACCUGAUGAUGAUACAAAGAGAGUAUUAGCAUAUACACUAACACCACUCUUUAUUUUGUUUGCUGUAUUUGUAGGAUGCUAUCUUUUAUAUAGAAAGCGCAAAGGUGGUUCAUUUGCAGAGUUGGCAAGUGGUGAGGCAUCAUUGUCCCGACCACCGUCAGCUGGGGCAGGAAUGGAAAAUGAUGGUACCAGUUUGCAAGGACAGGUGACAUUAUGUGAAGUUAGAGCUCGAGGCAGAUUCGGGGCAGUGUGGCGUGCCAAGCUGGGUCAGAGUGAUGUUGCUGUCAAAGUCUUCCCGUUACAAGACAAGCAAUCCUGGGUGGCCGAGCAAGAAAUAUACAGGUUGCCACGAAUGGAUCAUCAAGAUAUUUUACACUACAUUGGUGUUGAUAGGACUGGAGAUAACUUACAAGCCGAAUAUUGGCUUGUUACUGAAUAUCAUGAGAAAGGUUCCCUAUGCGACUACUUGAAAGCGCACACAUUCACAUGGCCGGAAGCGUGGCGAGUGGCAGCCAGUGUAGCUCGUGGUCUUGCCCAUUUACAUGAAGAGGGGGGCGGCAAGCCUGCUAUAGCACACAGGGACUUCAAAUCCAAGAAUGUCCUGCUCAAAGCGGAUUUAAGCGCUUGCAUCGCUGACUUUGGGCUGGCUCUCAUAUUCGUUUCUGGUCACGGAUGUGGGGACGCGCAUGGUCAAGUUGGAACACGACGUUAUAUGGCGCCAGAAGUGCUUGAUGGAGCUAUUAACUUUACGAAGGACGCCUUCUUAAGAAUCGAUAUGUAUGCGUGUGCGCUGGUGCUCUGGGAAAUUGUUUCAAGAUGUGAGGCAGCCGGUGUUGACCCAACAGCGCAAUACCGAUUACCCCUCGAAGAGGAAGUGGGUUCGCAUCCCGGCCUAGAAGAAAUGCAGGAGACGGUCGUUCAAAGGAAAAUGCGGCCACAGAUACCGCCACAGUGGAGAGAUCAUCCGGGUCUGGCAGUCCUUUGUGACACAAUGGAGGAGUGCUGGGACCACGAUGCCGAAGCACGUCUAUCAGCGUCAUGUGUGCUGGAACGCAUCGUCGCUCAGAGACCAACAACGAAUCAGCCCUCUCUAACACCUGACACUACACCACUGCUCAUUCACGAGUUGAAUGACCCCCAACCCUGCUGA